GGCCGCCGCACACAGGAUCCCGCGGCGGCGGAGCGAGGCUGCGCGCGCCGAACAUGGCUGAGAAGCAGAAGCACGACGGGCGGGUGAAGAUCGGCCACUACGUGCUGGGCGACACGCUGGGCGUCGGCACCUUCGGCAAAGUGAAGAUUGGAGAGCAUCAAUUGACAGGCCAUAAAGUGGCAGUUAAAAUUUUAAAUAGACAGAAGAUUCGCAGUUUAGAUGUUGUUGGAAAAAUAAAACGAGAAAUUCAAAAUCUAAAACUCUUUCGUCAUCCUCAUAUUAUCAAACUAUACCAGGUGAUCAGCACUCCAACAGACUUUUUUAUGGUCAUGGAAUAUGUGUCUGGUGGUGAAUUGUUUGACUACAUCUGUAAACAUGGACGGGUUGAAGAGAUGGAAGCUCGGCGGCUCUUUCAGCAGAUUCUGUCUGCCGUGGAUUACUGUCAUAGGCAUAUGGUUGUUCAUCGAGACCUGAAACCAGAGAAUGUGCUAUUGGACGCACAGAUGAAUGCCAAGAUAGCUGAUUUUGGAUUAUCUAACAUGAUGUCUGAUGGUGAAUUUCUGCGAACUAGCUGCGGAUCCCCAAAUUAUGCAGCACCUGAAGUCAUCUCAGGCAGGCUGUAUGCAGGUCCUGAAGUUGAUAUCUGGAGCUGUGGUGUUAUUUUGUAUGCUCUUCUUUGUGGCACCCUCCCAUUUGAUGAUGAGCAUGUGCCUACACUGUUUAAGAAGAUCCGAGGGGGUGUUUUUUACAUCCCAGAAUAUCUCAAUCGUUCUGUUGCCACUCUCCUGAUGCAUAUGCUGCAGGUUGAUCCCCUGAAACGAGCAACUAUCAAAGACAUCAGAGAGCAUGAAUGGUUUAAACAAGAUUUGCCCAGUUACUUAUUUCCUGAAGACCCCUCCUAUGAUGCUAACGUCAUUGAUGAUGAGGCUGUGAAAGAAGUGUGUGAAAAAUUUGAGUGUACAGAAUCAGAAGUAAUGAACAGUUUAUAUAGUGGUGACCCUCAAGACCAGCUUGCAGUGGCUUAUCAUCUUAUCAUUGACAAUCGGAGAAUAAUGAACCAAGCCAGUGAGUUCUACCUCGCCUCUAGUCCCCCAACUGGUUCUUUUAUGGAUGAUAGUACCAUGCAUAUUCCCCCAGGCCUGAAACCUCAUCCGGAAAGGAUGCCACCUCUUAUAGCAGACAGCCCUAAAGCACGAUGUCCACUGGAUGCACUGAAUACAACUAAGCCCAAAUCUUUAGCUGUGAAAAAAGCCAAGUGGCAUCUUGGAAUCCGAAGUCAAAGCAAACCAUAUGACAUUAUGGCUGAAGUUUACCGAGCUAUGAAGCAACUGGAUUUUGAAUGGAAGGUAGUGAAUGCAUACCAUCUACGUGUAAGAAGAAGAAACCCAGUGACUGGCAAUUAUGUGAAAAUGAGCUUACAGCUGUACCUGGUUGACAAUAGAAGCUAUCUUUUGGACUUUAAAAGCAUUGAUGAUGAGGUGGUGGAGCAGAGGUCUGGUUCCUCAACGCCUCAGCGGUCCUGUUCUGCUGCUGGCUUACACAGACCACGGUCCAGUUUGGAUUCUGUAACUGCGGAGGGCCAUUCACUCUCUGGCUCUCUCACGGGCUCCUUGACCGGAAGCAUGUCGUCCUCUGUCUCACCUCGCCUGGGCAGUCACACCAUGGAUUUUUUUGAAAUGUGUGCCAGUCUGAUCACUACUUUAGCACGCUGAUGAUCUUUCCCUAGUUUUUUUCUUUCUGUUACUGCACUGUGAAAAUCAGAUAUAUUCUUUAAAUUAUUAUUUUACUUAUGGCUAUCACAUACUCUGAAGUACUGGUUGAGAGCCGUGACUGUCUUCAGGGGACACAGUACCAUUGAAAUUUACUGAAAAGGAAAAGUCUGACAUUUUAUGUACUGUAGACAUCUGUAAUUCUGUUUUGCCUAUUAUAAAUUCACGUAGGCAGUGUCUUUAAUAUGUGAACACUUAUGAAGAUUAUUGUUAACCUAAAAUUGUGGAUUCACUGUAGAUGACUAAUAUACCUUUACUGGUGACUAUCUCAGUCAACAGGUAGUUUGGCAACAUCUUGCUUUACUGUUUAGUGUAGAUAAAUCCUGUUUGCUUCGUAAAUUUCAGCAGGCUUUAAGCUGUGUUUAUGCACAAUAUUUAAAAAUAACAUAAAUAUUAGUAAGAUAGUAUUUAAAUGUUGAAAUCUUAAGAGCCAGCUCCCCGUCCCCCAAAUUUUAGAACCAAAUUCUACUAGCAGUUUCUGCAGAUAUUGCCCAGUGUUCAACAGAAGGGCUGUGGUCCUGAAACAGGUAAUGGUCAUUUCCAGGUUCCUUCAAAACAGCUAUAACCAACCAGAGGUUUUAUCUUGAGAUUUUCCUGAAUAACAUAUAUAAGAGCCUUCAAGGUUCUACUCAGUACUGGAACAUCUGGAAUUAUAACUUUUGUCUUUUUCAUAAACUUGUAUCAUUUUACAACAUGCCUUCAAAAUCUACCUUUCUCAAGUUCUUUUUCACUGUAUUUAUUUUUGUACUCCACCGAGCAUGAUAAAAUAGUUAAAUGAAACAAAGCAAAAUGUCAACAGUCCCUUAAGGAGAACUCUUGCCUUUGGUCUCUUACUGUGUGUGGUGGUGAGGAGUGUGUACCUGUCCUUUUGCAUCCUGUAAUGCUAAUUACUCAUCAGAAGUUUGUUAUUGUAGUCACCCCACUCCCUCACCUUCCCUAAUCACCUUUGUCUUUGCUUAUUGUUUGACCCUUAGUGGCUGAUGGACUUAGUUUUGAAAUCUUUUCUGGUUCUCUGUCUUUGUUCUACAUCUUGGUUGCUAGCCAUCCAAUUUGAAACACUGUUCUGGCCUUAAGGGCUUUUGUGUACUUCCAAAGCUUCGUAGGCUUGUGACCUUCACUGUUGAACCUGUUAGGGCAGGGAAGCCUUAAACAUUCAAAAAAAAUCUCUCUUGAAUAAAUAUAUGUGUUGUUUACAUAUAUACAUAUAUGUAUUUGUAUACCAGUGCUUUUAAAGGAAAACCAAACUUUUUUUUCUUUUUUGGCUUUGUGCAAGUUUUUUAAGGCUUAAAAAAAACCCUAUAUAAAAAGCAGGGUAGAUAAUAGCCCAUUGAUUAUAUUCUGUUUUAGUAAAAAAUAUUUAAUUUUUAAAUUAUGUGUAAUUUAUCUAAUUUGUAUUUAUUCAUCUUGUUUGAUAUGUUGUAAUUAACAGUCUCAUUCACCUGACUUACCCUAGAAAUGAUUAAGUGUUUAAGCUCUUGAAAACAAAAAGUGAACACUUCCUUGACAGAUUUCUCUCUCUUUGCCAAAAAGAACGUGUUUUCUACCAAGAAGCAAAUGAGAAUGUUAAGCCAAAUCUCUCUUGUGUUUGGGAAGGACAAGUACGUCUGUCUUUAAAGAGCGUUGAGUCAGGAGUUUGCAGUUUGUCACAUAAUAUUGUUUAGCAGAACUUUAAAAAAUGGUAUUACAUAACUUUUAAGUAUGACUUAAUAUCAAAAUACAAGGAAUCCUUGUUUGCCAAUUUGAGAAAGAGAGUGGGGUUGCAGUUAAGGUGUUUUAAAAAUUUAAACCUUUGGAAGAUUGCCAUCUAGUGGCAUCAAAGUAUACUUUUUUGUGUAUAUUUUUAUAGGGAUAAGCAGUCCUGCUGCAUUAAUCUCGAUGUGUAUAUACAUCUGGCAAAAUUUUGGCCCCAACAAAUGUGUACAUACCUCUUCUGGGAAACACAGGGCCACCUCAUAAUACUUGCCUGUUAAUGGGAUGACCUUCAAAAUAAAUUAAUGUGACUCCUUACUCCCAAUGACAAAAUCCCUAAUAAUUUUGAAGGCAGAGAAACAGUAGGAAGGAAUCCAGUGGCAUUUUAACUUCCUUAGUUUAAUGAAUCAGAUGUUAGAAACAUAUUAAAAUUGCUUUAUAUGGUUAUCAUGUUUUUUAAAGUUAAAAAAUUAUUUACUAUUUUUUCAUUCUUGCCAGUAUUUAUGAAUAUCUACAUUUCCAUAGCUACGUGUUUUCAGAGAACCAAGGGUCACAGUUUGGGUUUUUGUAUGCUGAAGUUUUUAGAGACAGCUCUUCUGUGAAUGUAGCUGAUGUGAUACAUUGGUCUGCAGAGAGAAGAUUACAGGAGGCUCAGUCCAGCAUGAUAGGUCUAGAACAUCUUCAUAGGAGUCUCACUGCAGCUCAUGCAGGAUGAGGGAAAGAAUCAGUUGCUAAAUUCCCACAUUUCAGUCUUGUAACCUGGAUGAGUGUGGAUGUGGUAUGUGGUAGACAGACCUGGGGUAGGAACACUUUCUUCAUGUUAUGAUUUUGAAGGAGAACUCUAUUAUUAGGCUACAGAUAAAGUCUUAGCUAUAUCGUGGAAAAGGAGUCCAUAAUGGUUCUAGAACAGCAUUUCUGAAACUGCAUUCUGUGAGAUGCUCUGCAGAAAGGGGGUUUCAUUGAGCAAGUCUGAUAAAUGAAACAUGUUACUCUCCUGCUUAAAGAUGACAAAGGAUGUGACCAUUAAAGACUUUGACCAGUCCUUCUGUGGAAAAAGAAAAUCAUUUAAAUUUGUUUAAUCCUGCUUUGUCCAAAUUAAUUUAAACAUUGUUUUAAACUUACUAUCCCUUGGGGGAAAAAGCAUAUUUGGAAAAUAAGAUUUUAAGAAAAUUAUCUACCAGGUUGCCAUAAUUAGGUAGAUAAAAAUAAAACUAAGAUUUCAUUUGCCCUUAUCAGUUGUUGGAGAGAAUCUGAUUCAAAAUCAGAAUUAUUUUAAUCUGUAUACAUAUUCAUCUUGGGCGAACACUGGGUUAGUGGAAUUUUGCAUGCCUACAACUUACUUCAUAGCACUUUGAUUGUCUUAAUCAGGUUUGGUAUUUUGUGGAGAGCAAAAUUUAUUCUUUUUUUGUGUUGAAUGGAUAAUUAAAAAACCUUAAAUAAGAUUACUUGUAAAAAUGGUGUAAGAGACUAGUGACUAAUGCUUUGGUUCAAUGGGUAAUGAGUCAAUAGCUUUGAUUCCUUCUUUCAGAAAGUGUACAUUUCAGUGAACAUUUUCUGAACACUUUUAUAUAAGAACACACCAAAUUUAGAUCUAAUUCCGGUUAUUCUUCAAUGAAGGAACAAACAACAUCCCAAAUUACGUAUGUAGGGUGGGAGGCAGACGAUUACAAGUUGGGCUUUUGUUUUGAUCAACAGACAUUUGAGACUCUUUUGUAACCUCUGGUGUUUGCAUUCCUUGAUACUUGCUAGCCAUAAAGAGAAUCCAGGAGCCUAAAUUAUUCGGAAGUAACAGUAUUCCAUGUCAGCCAAUUGGCUAUAUGUAGGACAGACGGUUCUCCCCUUUCCUUUCUGCAAAUAGGUUUCCUGUGACAGUUACAUAAUCCUGGGCUUGCUUUCUCUUAUUCCCUAGCCAGUUUGUACUCAGGGAAUACGAAUUGAUUUUUAUAUUAGAUGAGACAUAAUUGAGAAAAUAAUCAUAGACAACUGUUACAGAUUCUUUGACUAUUUGAAUUUAUCUGAAAAUGUACAUUUUAUUGAAUUAAUCUAAGCAAUGUACCUUCGAUUUUAUAAACUAAAUGAUCGUGGAAUCUGCCUGCCAUAGGCACUGCAUCUUUGUCUCUUCACUGAUUAAAAUCUUGUUAAUGACUGUGAAAUCUAAGUAUCUAAAUGCUAGACAUACUCACAGUUUUGUCUAUUUUUAUUUCUUUUUAAAAGACCUCCACAUUUUCAGUUUGGCAUUUCUUUACCUGAUACUUUUGUCACUCUGUGACUUUUUAAAUAGAGAAUGUACUUUUUUAAGAUAAUAGAUCUCAGAGACUCUAAAAUUCUGGAUGAGGGAUCUGUGCAAUUUGUAAGUCACAUCCUGUGUUGGGCUUCAUUUUUAUAACCUCUGAAGUGGAAGGGAUAGAUUAAAAGACCUCUGGGUUACCUUUGAGCUUUAAAAUUGUCUCUUCUCUGCCUUUUCAUAUGAUUUGUAUUAGCAUUCACUUUUUACAUGCUGAGAGAUUGUAUACUAAUGUGAAUGAUCUAUAUUUGCUUGGCGAGGUGUUUUGAAGAUACAUACUUGAAUGUUUUUCUAAACACAGCUGCCCCCCUGCAAUAUAAAUGACAAAAUCAUCCAGAAAACGAAACAUGUUAAAAUAUUAAUAUCAUGUAUGUGUAUUUGCCAUACUGCAAAAGAUGAUGAAUUUGGAAUGAUGGAAGUGUUCCAUACAUUUUAAUAGUGAUUGUGGCUCAGCUGAUAAAGAAUCCACCUGCAAUGAAGGAGACCUGGGUUCAAUCCCUGGAUUGGGAAGAUCUCCUGGAGAAGGGAAAGGCUACCCACUCCAGUAUUCUGGCCUGGAGAAUUUCAUGGACAGUAUAGUCCAUGGGGUCGCAAAGAGUCGGACACGACUGAGUGACUUUCAUGUCACUUUAGAUCCACAGACCCUCCAUAUCUAUUAACUUAUUUAAUACAUUACAAUCACCUUGUGUGUUAAUGAUUUUCCAGAUGAGAAAGCAGGACCAGAAAGCUUUUCACAAGCUUUAAUGCCAUAUAAUGUUCAAUGAUGAUCACUGUUCUUUAUGUGCCCCCUUCCCUUGGGGGAAACAGUCUGAAACAUCUUAGUAGCUAAGUAAUAAAGAUAAACAUAGAUGCAUUGCUUUCAAGUCUUAGAAUGACAUGAAGUAGUCUUAAUAUUUUUUAGUUUAUUUGAAUGAGUUGAUUGUACUAACUAGAUAUAUUUAUGAUUAUAUAUUGAUUUUUAUUAAGUACUUCUAAGUUAUUGAGGGUGCUUAAAACUACUGAAGAAAUUUUUUAGGCCAUGGUUCUUCCUUUAUUUACGUGAUUCUUAUAGCACAGUGCUUUUUAAAAAAGUAAAACCAGCCCCAACUCCUAUCUUAAAUUAUCAUAAUUUUUGACUACUAAUCUAAAUUAGGCUUAUCUAAAUUUCAUAUACAAGUUGGUAAUUUUUCAUUUCAUAUGCAUAUUAGAUGACAAGAUAUUACUCUCAUAAAGUAUAUUUCUAUUCAUAAACUACCAAGUAUUAUCAGCUUGAUACAGAUUCUUCCAGACCUUACAGAAAUUUGAAAUGUAAUUUAUGUUUGAGCUUUUAAGAGUAUAUCUUAUUUACACAAGUUGCUGGCAUCCUUACCAGCCUUUUCCAUAUAGAAUUAUAAUGCAUUUGAUGCCACUGAACAGUAAUAACAUGAAGAACAGGACCCACAGUAUAGACUAGAUUAAGUUUUAAUUCAGCUUUUUCAGCCAUAACCUGAUAAGAAUUAGGCUGGGUCUAGAAGUGAUCAGAUUGUGGGACUGUGUUAAUUUUGUGAGUCAGUGUUUACUGCCAGCCUUGCACAGCAAUGCCAGUUUGUAGCCAUGGUUGUGUAUGUGACUUUCUGUAACUACUGUUUAUAUAUAAAGCAGUUCAGAUGUUAUGGAAGUAGCUCAUGAUUUUAUCUGGACAAACAGGGUAGGUAAAUUUAAGUUACAUUUGAAAAAGUGCAAUUAAGGAAAUUCUAGAGUAGAAAGCUCUUUGGAGGAAAAAGUGAAGUGUUUAUAGAACAUUCUAGCAUGACAACACUUUAAAACAUAUAUAGAAUUUUGACAAGGUUCAUACAGUGUGAAUUUCUUAACUCAAGGUUUGCUCCUUUGUGUUGAUUUAUAAUUUCAAGGAAGGAAUAGGAACAUUCUACCCAAGGAGAACUACACAGUUAAUUUUUUGCUGUUAAUUUAAGCUUGCAUUUUUCACAAGUAAAAGUCCUUUUUAAAUUUUGUUACAAAGAAAAACCAUUUUUCUCGACAGGUAAUGAUUUCCUAAGGUGGAAAAGAGAAAUAGAUCCCGCUAAAGAAGCAAAACACCUUAAUUAAUUGUGCCUUCUCUCUUAAAUUGUAGGAAUAAUAAUUAGUUAAAAACUUAUUUAAACUGUGUUUUUUCCCUAAUUCUUCUUAUUUUUACUUGUCUGUCCUCCACAGUCACAUUGUCUGCUUUUGCCUGUUUGUUUUUGGGUUCCUUUGGCCAGACCUCACUGUCAUUGUCAGAAAUUGUUCACUAGGUGUGUCUGUUUAUGUCGUUCACUUUUUAAGUCACCUUGGUAAAUGUUUGGCUGCCUUCUCAUGGUUUUGAAAUGAAAGCGAUGAAUAGCAAUCUUUAUAUUUCAACGCUUUAAAAAGUUUGUAAGGGAAAUAAAUAAUGCAGAGCAAAGAACAAAAUCUAAUUUGGAAUCUGAUUCUCAGUUUGGCUGCUGUGGCAGCAGCAGGUCAUUUAACCUCAUUUAAUGUUUUCAUCUAUAAAAUAUGGGUAAUAACCUACCUCACAGAUAUGUGUGAGAAACUGUUUGGAGGCCCUUGUUUAAAUACAGGGUUUAUCAUCAUAUUUAAUGUAAAUCCCUUUUUUAAAAAUAGAUACCUUUGAUACUAAUAGGAUGAGUAUCUUGAUUUUAGGUAAGUUAUGUGGUAAGAACGUAGUAGAAAAAUGUUUAGGAACACAAUUUCACAAAUUAUGGUAUUCUUAUUUUAAGUGACUUUUGAAAUUUCUUAAAAAUAUCAAAUAUUCAAAUAUUAAAUUUGUCUUUUGUUGCAAGAGAUAUUCAGAACUUCUUAAUAUGUUGGCUGAAGAUGCCUUAACAUACCAAAUUACAGCUUUCUCUCCAGACUACUCACAAAUAUCUAUGGUUGUACAAUGUUUUGAGUGUUUAAUGUAAAAUUGUUAUAGAACUGUGAACUCUGAGCAUAGUAAUCUUAAUAUUGUUUUAGGAAGAAUGCUUGUGUUCUGUAUCAUACAUGCUUAAAUAUCACACAGUGACUUUGGAGUGCAACAAACAAAACUGAAAGUUGACAGCCGUCAGGUUGUUGUGUCCGUGACAAUCAUAAGAAAAUAUAAGAUUGGAUAUUGUUCAAAAAAACUUCAGGAACAUCUUUGGGAAAAAUAUUCCAUAGGCUGAUAUAUUUACCCAUCAAAGCACUUGAUUACAUAUCUAGUAAGAUAAUUUUUUUAACUGUUAAAAUUGGGAUCAUGUUUUAUAAUUCAUUUAAGAAACAAACAAAAAAAAGACCAGACUCUUAGUGCUUUUGUGUUUUAAUAACCAUAGAUGCAAAUUUCAGUUUUGUUAUAUAUAUAUAUAUUUUUUGUGAAUGUUAAAUAAUCAGUGGAAGGAUCUGUCUUCCAGCAACUGUGUGCUAUGGGUGUCCUCUUGAAUUACACAGCAUUUCAUAGUUACAGGUUCUCCCUAGUUAAUAUUUGCACUGUACAAGCUCACAGGUAACAAACACAAAAGAGAAAUGAUUACUUCCGAGCUUUUUUCACAAAAUCAAAUUAAAG